GACGCUUCAUUCCCCCUCCAGGCAGACAUCUCUAUGUCUGACCUCGACUUCACUGAGUUCGACGCCGAUGGACUUAGUGCACUUGAGAAGAUCUACCUUUUCUCGAGGAGUCAUGCGGGGUUCCACCGUGUGUUUAUUGUGCACGCGCUUCCCAGAUACCUCGAUGUGGAUCACGUUACACCCGCUGAGGCGGUGGAGUACGUUCUUCCUCUGCUGAACGGCCUCGCUCUUGACGAAGAUGAGGCAGUGAAGGAAGCCCUAGCGGCAGAGUUGCUACCCAUUGUCUGGUGGUUUAUAACACACUGCAGACUCGUCGAGGAAGACUUCUCAACCCCCCAGCAGGAUACCAUCCUGGAACAACUAGCAGAGCAAUCACCCGAGCUCGCCGGAGUAACGCCAAUUCCGGUGCAGGCAUUUACUCCAAUUCUGGGGACGUUACUGCUAAGUCAAAACACAUUGGUUGGUGGCCCUGCACGACAUGCCGUCGUCCAACUCCUCAAGCGCAUUCGGCACGCCGAGGAGCGCGAGGACGGUCAUCCAGUCACUCUCCCCACCGACAACGAGCGGCCUGAACCCGACUAUGCUGUAGGCCUGCUUGGCCCUCCGGAGCGCCACUUGUUCGAGCACGAGAUCGUCCACUCUGUUGUCAUCGGCAUGGGCCGUCUUGAUAUGCCGGAUGUGGAUGACGGACCACUUUCCAACAUUUCGACGCCUCGCAGUCAGGGUGGGCACCACGAAACGCAUAUCGAACAUCACCCGCACAGCGGCCACGAUAUGCGUCCUGCGACACCUCCGAUUCCAGCAGAUGCACCGGAUUCGACAACGGCCGGCUCGACGCCACUGGCUGCGCCGUCCAGCACGCCCGAUUCGUAUUUCCCGGUCAUGCCUGUUGCGCCGCACGGGACGCCAGCACCAUCUCCAUCAGCCUCUCCGAGAAGGAAGCCGUCCGAUCUACCGGAACAGCGCGACGCGACAUCCCCAAUGGCUGACGAAGAUGACAUCAGCGAAGAGGCUGCUGUCGGUCGUCUGUCGAGUAUGAGUUUGAUGGCGGCCGUUACGGCAAGUGGAACCUUGAAGGAGGAGACGAAGACCGCAUUCGUCACUGAAGUCGAGCGGGUAGGGAGAGAUCCAGUCUACUGGGUUAGAAGAGAAGCUGCCUUUGCUGUCGGAGCAUUAGCCAAGGUUGUGCCAGACGAACUCGUAAUCUCAUCUCUGCUGCCGCUUUUUGAGUCACUCUACCAAGAUCCUAUUUGGCAUGUUCGUCACUCGGUGCUAUUCGCACUGCCUGCCAUCCUAUCUCGACUCCCUCCCAAUCGCAGGCGCUCGCUGGCCCUCGAUGUCAUACUCCCUCUAUCCUCAGACGAGUCACCCACUGUUCGAUCUGCAGUGCUUGAGGCUCUCGGUGAGGUCAUGCAUACAUUCAUCGAUCUCGAGGAUGGACCACCACGUGAGCUCCUCGAUAUGUUCAUUGGCGUUCGCGGAGGCGGCGCCGAAGCGGCUACAGUCAUCCAGCCGGACGCCUCAUCCACAAUCCAAUCACCGAUAUCUGCAUCUUCUCGGACAAGCUACAAUCCGGGUGCAGAACCACAAACGGAUGUGGACAUUUAUGACGACCCAGCUCGCCCCCUUGUCUGUGCAUUCAACUUCCCCGCUGUUGCUCUGACUCUGGGACGCUCGCGGUGGCCUGAACUCCGUAACCUCUACCUCACCUUGUCGCAGAGCUCCUCAUUCAAGGUGCGGCUAACUCUUGCCGCCUCCCUUGGGGAGAUAGCAAAGAUCAUUGGACCGACGAACGCUCGGGAAGACCUCAUGGACGUUUGGCGGGCGAGUAUCUCCGCCGACGACACCGAAGUGCGACUGAAGGCUACCGAAUGUGCCGCGGUGUUUGUGCGUGCGUUAGCGCCCCCGGAGCAGGUUGCCGCACUAGGAGAAAUAGAGGUCGGCGUUACAUCAGGGAAACUCCGAGGCUGGAGAGAGCGGGAAGAGGUUAUGAAAAGCCUCGCCUCUUUCCUGGACAUCUCUGGCUGCGAGGAUAUCCUCCGGCGGCUCCUAAUGCAAGGCCUCGGAGACCGCGUGUCCGCUAUCAGAGAAGCUGCGGUUUCAGCGACACCGGCGUUCGUAAAAGCAUGGAGAUAUAUGCCUCGCCUUAUAACCGGGCUCAGGGAGGGUAUUAGAGCUCUUGCUCACUCCGAUUCGUACCGCGAGCGAACCACAUUCGUGACAUGCGAACAGGCAGUCCUCGUCUCCACAGAGAGCGAUUUUGUCUUGUUUGACGAAGGCUUUUGGGACAUACUCUCUCAUCUCAGUCGCGACCCCAUAGUAGAUGUGAGGAUCCGCGUCGCACGUCUCUUGGUGACAAUCUCCACCGACCACGUCAAUGACGCGCCCAUUAUGGCUCGUGCCUUGACGCUCGCUGAGCGGCUGGAACAGGAUUCCUCACAGGACGUUCGCGCCUUCGCACGAUCCAUCAGGUCACGCAGCGAGUCAGUUGCACCGAGAAGUCCCUGGGAAAUGGAGGCUCCGAAGAGUGCCAUUACGUUUUCUCGACCUCCGCCCCUCGCGCCCAGUUGAUAAACGUGCGACGAGCGAAUUUUCGUCAAGCUCCUCCUACCCUCCUGGGCCUCGUAUAGCGGUCGCCGCUCAUUAUCCCUGCUACUCGCGGAUCAGUGUUUGGUACGGCAAGCACCAGUAAAGGCCUCCGCAUCUCCGUGUCAACUCUCGUGCCGCCCAGCAGGCCUUCUUGCACAGGCUGCAGAUCACACGACUGGACGGGGAAUCGUCGACCCUUGUAGUUGUCACGCUAGUCGGAGAUGCUAAAGCUCUUCGUCCUCUGCCCCUAGGAUGAUGAUCCUUCUCGGCCGUAUACCCGCAUCGGCACCAUCCUUUGGGCUCUAUCUUCUUGUGUUGUCACUUGUUUAUUUAAGUUAACAUGUAAUGGAGGUCGUCCGUUAUGACACGAUCACAUUGUACCAGAUACAUAUAUUAUAGAUCGUAUACAUCCAGAUGUCACUAUAGAUAUUCGCAGAUAUAAUAACGCCAUUGACGCCACU